AUGACUUGGGAAAAAAGUAUUGUAGUGACUCUUACACCAUCAGUGACGAGUCUGUUUCAAACUAAUAACAUUUCAGCUAUACUUUCAACCGUCCUUAGUAUUGUACAAACAGCACUUCAACCUAUUUAUUCUAAAUUAUCUGAUAUAAUUGGACGUGCACAAGUUUAUACCCUAUCUAUUGUAUUAUUUGCAGUAUCUUAUAUUAUUAUGGCUACAGCCCAAAGUUACAAUACUUUAAUUGGAGGACAAGUCGUGUAUGCUUUUGGAUAUUCAGGCACUUGGGUGUUAGGACCUAUUUUGAUCGGCGAUAUGACAAACCUUGUAAAUCGUUCUAUAUAUUUAGCAUUGUAUAACUUUCCAACUAUUAUUAACAUGUUUGCCGCCAGUGCAGCAGCUCAAGCUAUUUUAAAUCAUGGUCAUUGGCGUUGGGGAUAUGGACAUAUCAGCAUUGUUGUAUUUGCUGCAGGUUUGCCCCUUAUCUUUGGUCUAUGGAGAGUUCAAAUAAAAGCGAAUAAAAUUAUUUCUCAGCAACAAACUAUAAUUAAACCAAAAAAAUCGAUUGUGAGUCGUAUAUGUUGGUUCUUUAACAGAAUUGAUAUUGUUGGUAGCAUAUUGCUAGUAGCUGGUCUCUUCCUUAUACUUUUGCCUUUAAUUCUCGCUCGUACCUGGGGUGGUUGGGGACAAAGAAAAACGAUAGGUACUUUAGUAGCUGGAGGAGUAGCUUGGAUAUUAUUUAUUAUUUGGGAAUGGAAAUUAGCACCUUUACCUAUUAUUCCAUUAACAAAUUGGGAAUCAAAGAAUCCAAUUUGGGGAGUCCUCAUGACGUCUCUUAUCAAUGUUAUUAAUUUUAUGAUGGAUUAUCAAUAUUUUUUGACCUAUCUAGAAGUGACAAGACGUUUAGAUUCAAAGACGGCUAUUUAUUUGGAGCGAGGUUUUAAUGUGACCUAUGUCUGCGUACCGUUAUUGUUAGGUUAUUUAAUGAAACAAACAAAGAGAUGGAGACCUUUUAUUUGGGUAGGUGCUAUAUGCUCUGUUUUGGGUCCUGGCUUAAUGAUACCUGCACGUCGUGUCACCUCCCCUGAUGUCUUUAUUGUCAUUUCACAAAUUGUAUUUGGCUUUGCUCCAGCGUUUUCUAAUUAUCCUGUCUUGAUUGGUAUUCAGGGCUCAGUUCCAAAGAAAGAUAUCGCUAUUGUUAUUGCUCUUUACGAAGUUGGUAAUGCGGUCUCUACUAGUAUUGGAACUUCAAUAGCAGGCUCUGUUUGGAACUCUGUCUUACCCAACCUAUUUAAGAAAUACGUACCUGGAGAAUAUGACUACAAUAAAAUUGUUGGAAAUAUUCAGUAUGCAAAAUCUUUACCCGAAGACCAAUAUAAAGGAAUUGUAAAAGCUUAUGAUGAAGCAAUGCAUACACUGGGCAUUGUUGCUGUUUGUAUAGGUGCAGUUGCCUUUUUAACAUCCCUUUUCCUCAAGGGAUUUUCUUUAGAUGACGAUACAGAGGAUACUUCAGUAGCCAAUAGAGACGAGGAAAAUAUAAAAGAAAUUAUACAAACACCCACCAAAGAAGCAGAUAAAUAA